AUGGCGACAAAGAAACAUUCAAAGCUGAAAUCAUAUUUAGCCUCUAAUUAUGUUGAAUUUGCUGAGGACCAAACUUCCAUGCGUCUAAAUUCUCUUUAUUCAGACUUUUCCAAGUCUCACACGGUCAACCCUUAUGCUUAUGAGGCUAAUGUUGAGUUUUGGAGAGCGAUCGUUUUGGAUUGCAAUCAACAAGGAUAUCUAAGAACACCAAAAUAUGCUACUGCUAUCAACAAACACACAAUAGCUGAAGACUUUCGAAGGCCACUCAAAGGAAAACCACUUGCUUUGGACUGUGUACUUGAACAUAUGGAAAAAAAAGGUGAUUUGAUGACCAUAGACAAGUUUAUUCAGACAUAUACUUUCAAAGCGACUUGGGCCGAGUGGUUCUAUCACAGAUUAUCCCCUUCUCGAUACUGGCAUUCUAGUAGCGAAGACCACUUUUAUGUGAUUAUGCCAACUAUUGAACUGAUUGCAAAACACAUUAUAUCAGAACACUUUGAGAUACCUACUAAACGAACUACGGAUCAUCUUUUCACUCUAUCAGCAUUUAAACAUAAAUAUGCUCAUCAUUUUGUGAAUGAGAUCGAUUUGACAGAGGAUGAUAUCAUGCUCGUCUUAAGAUACCUUCAUAUUCACUAUGGUAUUGCAGUAGAAGAAAAUGUUAAAGGAUACGGAACAACCUAUCAGGUGAUUAAAUUUCCUUCUCGACAAGGAGAAAUAGCAGAUAUAACAAAGCAUGAUGAAGCAAUGAUUAGCAUACAGACAACAUGCCAUGCAUUAUCAAUUCAAAUAGAUGAAUUGCAAAAGAAGAUUGAAGAGUUUGAGCGUUUAUCUGUAGAAGAGCACAAGAAAGGACAUAAAGCCAAAUCGCUCUAUUACAUAAGGAAACGAAAAGGGUUUCAACAGGUAUUAGAGAAGCGAAUCAAAUCAAUGGAGACUAUGGAUAAUAUCCUCAUGAAGAUCGAGACAUCGCAUGAUGACCUUCAAGUCGUACAGGCAUUUAACGUGGGCGCAGAUACACUACGAGAUCUGUUGGGACAAGAUGGAUUGAGUAUCGAGACUAUUAAUGAUGUAAUGGAGAAAGUAUCCAAUUCACUUCAGGAUCAAAAUGAGAUAGAAGAGGCAAUGCAGUCUGGAAUGAAUGAUACAAUACCUUAUAAUGAUCAAGAAAUAGAAGCAGAAUUGGCUCAGUUAAUAGAAAAAGAAGAGCCAGUAGUUGAAGCAAAGGAGAACAAGGAAGUCAAUCCUGUGAUAGAUAACAAUAAUAAUAACAUUCAAUCAGAACUGGCAAGACUCAAUCAAAUGUUUGUCAGUAGUGACCACAAAAAGCAGAAGGAGGCUGUUUUAAACUAG